AUGGCUUGCAGCAGCAACUGGACACAAGAGACGGAGUUUGUUCUUCUGGGCUUCUCCGGGAUCACGCAUGGCCAGACCUACCUCUUCCUGGUGUUCUUGGCUAUCUACUUGGUCACCCUGUUGGGGAACCUCACCAUAGUCGGCCUGAUCCUGCUGGAUCCCUGCCUUCACAGCCCCAUGUACUUCUUCCUCAGCCAUUUAUCCUGCAUGGAUGUCUGCUACUCAUCCGUCACUGUCCCCAAAAUCCUGACCAACUUUCUGCAUAAGAGGCACACCAUAUCCUACAACCAGUGCAUGGCCCAGAUGUUCUUCCUGAUGACCUUUGCGGGGUCCGAGUGCGCUCUGCUGGCUGUCAUGGCCUACGACCGCUAUGCCGCCAUUUGCCAGCCUCUGCAUUACAGCAGCCUGAUGAGCAGCCAGCUGCGAAUCUCGCUGGCCAUCGCUUCUUGGAUCUGGGGCUUCUUGGACUCGGCCAUCCACACCACUCUGGCCACCCACUUGUCCUUCUGUGGGGCCAACCAGAUCGACCACAUCUUCUGCGAUGUCCCGCCUCUCCUGAAGAUUGCCUGCAGCAACACCUACGUCAACGAGAUCACCCUCCUUUUGACCAGCAUCUUCCUGGGCCUGAGUCCCUUCUUGUUCAUCCUCCUCUCCUAUGUCUUCAUCCUCUCCGCCAUCUUGCGGAACCGCUCCAACACCGGGCGGCACAAGGCCUUCUCCACCUGCACCUCCCACAUGAUAGUGGUCGUCCUCUACUUCGGAAAUGGAUUGGUGAACUACAACCGCCCAAGCGCAGGCUACUCCUUGGAGGUUGACACCCUGGUCUCCACAAUCUACUGCAUCAUCACCCCAAUGCUGAACCCCCUCAUCUACAGUCUCCGCAACAAGGAGGUGAAGGAAGCCCUGAAGAAGGUUCUGGGGCAGCAGAAGAAGGACUAUGCUUCUACACAGAGAAAACUCUGCUACUUCGAUGCAAUGCAGACUGCAGAGGGAGCCACCAGGCUCGUCCGUGUCUCACCUGUGAAGCAGGGAUCUGCCUUCAAGAGCCCCGAUGCCAGGCCCUCUCUUGCCACUUGGAUGCCAGCGUGCUCUGGCCCCGUGAAGCUGGAGCAGGGAAAGGCUGGUACAGAAGAAGCCCAAGGUUGA